AUGAAGAAGCUUUUGUGUUGCAUCUGUUUGACCGCAUUCUAUAUUGGUUUUGUAGUCUGUGGGUCGAAUAUGAAUGACCACAUGCAAGAAGGCACGUGGCAGCAGCAGAGUACUUCAGGAGAGGGAGCUGGGUUGAUUGGGGUUGAGUCAUCGGAGCCGCCGAGUUGCCAGGGUGUCUGCGAGGGCUGCGAGCCGUGUACGCUGGUUCUUGUUCGUUAUCAUCCGCCAGGUGCCGUCGGUACCGACGAGAAUUUCUACCCAGAAGUAUGGAGAUGCAAGUGUCGUGGCCGUUUCUACGUACCCCCUGAAGCCUAA